CACGGCGCGCGAUUCAGUCGUACCGUGUCCGUACUCACGUUCGCACGCACCUUGCCUCCUCAAGAACUUUUCGUAAGUUUCGUCAUGGCUCUCCGCUAUAUGUUUGCCGUAUUGGCACUGGCAGGUGCCACGUUUGCGGGCUCGGAGGUCACCGAACUGAAGGUCGAGAAUGUCUACGUGCCGGAGGGCUGCACCACCAAGUCCAAGAACGGCGAUAUGUUGACCAUGCACUACACCGGCACUCUUGACGAUGGCCACAAGUUUGACUCCAGCUUCGACCGCGACCAACCCUUCACCUUCCAGAUCGGCGUCGGACAAGUAAUCAAGGGGUGGGACCAGGGCCUGCUCGACAUGUGUGUCGGUGAGAAGCGUAAGCUGACCAUCCCGUCCCACCUCGGCUACGGCGAGCGCGGAGCCGGCAACGUCAUCCCAGCACACGCCACCCUCCACUUCGAGGUGGAACUCAUCAACAUCGGCGACUCGCCCCCGACCACCAACGUCUUCAAGGAGAUCGACGCUGACAAGGACGCGCAGCUCAGCCGCGAAGAAGUGAGCGAAUACCUGAAGAAGCAGAUGACUGCCAGCGAAGGCGCCGAAAUGAGCGAAGACAUCAAGAACAUGCUCGAGAGCCACGACAAGCUGGUCGAGGAGAUCUUCCAGCACGAGGACAAGGACAAGAACGGCUUCAUCAGCCACGAGGAGUUCUCCGGGCCCAAGCACGACGAACUCUAAACCAUACCCUAACUCUAGAACCACUAGAAAGUUACACUCACUAUCCUAAUAAACAUACGCAACUUCAAAUAUGCAGUCGAGCUAGGAGAAAAAACUAAGAGUAUCGUGAGUGCCAAAUUCGGACAUAUUUUUUGUAAUAGUGUAACUUAAAACAGUGGUAAUAUAACUGUACAGAUUUUGCACGGAGUAGAUGAAUCGACAACGACAUGGACUGCAAAAUAUACCAGCAACGAAAUACUUUUAUGUGACUUGGAUACUCGUAGAUUAGUAUUCGCAAACGUAAUAGGAAUCGAUUUGAACUGCUGUUUGAUAUUACGAUGGUUUAUGGACAAGCACUACUGAGAGGCUCAUUACGUUUAUAGCGAACUAUGUGUACUUUUAUGUGAUGAGUGCUUACUCAAUUAGUGUAUCUAAAUUAAAUCUAGGUUAUCAUAUUAAUGUACCUUACUUUACUUAAACAAGAAUACUACAUAUCAAAAAGUAAAGUGUUAUUUUGUCGGUUUCUAAUCCGUGCUUAUAGGUAGACUCCGUAGCUCUCCGCUGAACAUUCAGUAUCUGUAUAUACUAAUAUAUAACAUAUACUAUUCUACAUUCCUAAGAUGGGACGUUGAUAUUUUUAUAUAUUUUAUAGUUUGCUUAAUUUUAAACAUGGGCCAUUGAGGUAUAAUGUACUAGAGAGGACACGGCGAACAAAAAGUUUGCUCCACGAACAUAAGUCCAGUGGACUUAUGUUGCCUCAGUCAGUCUCUGCGCGUGGUGGGAGGAGGUUGUCUCUGACUGC